AUGCCUCAGACGUUACUCCGCAGCAUCAAGCAGCUAGCCAUACCUCGUCUCUCUCAUCUCACUCCUCUGUUUCUUUCCCGUCGACCACAGAGUGACAUUGAGGUUGCAAUCCAGCUAGAAGGCCAUCCUACAGUCUGCAGCAUUGCAAUGGACGCCACAAAGACAGCAGCCAAGGCUGUGGCGGCAGGAAACGGCGACGCAGACGCCGCUCCGUCGACCCGGCGGACGGCGGCGCCGAAGCAAGUACCUCGGCAGGAGGAGCCGCUGCCAGGAGACGCCGCGGCUGCGGCCGACCCGGCGCCGGCGACGGCAACGACGAGCGCUACUGUCGCGGAGAGCGGCGUGGAGGACGAGCAGGUGGAGAGGUUCUACGCGCUGCUGGCCAACAUCCGGGCCAUGAGGGGCAUGAACGAGAGCGGGGGCGACGACGCCGGCGCGAGCACGGAGGGUGCCAGCGAGGUCUGCGGCGGCGGGAGGAAGCGCGCGCGCUGGGCAGAGCCGCCGUGGAGGCCGGCGUUCAGGAUGGAGGACUUCGAGGACGCCAGCGCGUCCAAGAAGGGCAUGAAUUACGACGGUGCCGCCAGCCAUCGGCGGCCGGGCAAGGAGACCAAGGACGAAGCGGAGGACGACGUGGCACGGAAUGGCCGUGGAGUCGUCACGCCGUCGUCAGAGAGGAAAGUUUGACUCUCUGUCGCCGUGUCGCUGAUACUACUGGCUGCGCGAAACACGUGUGGUCACGUGUUCUCCGUGGGGCGCGUCGGUGGGUCGUGGAGGAAAGCUCCAUGCUUGCCAAAAUGCCAUGUGCAUCGACACAUUUUUUUUUAGCAUCAGUACAAACACAAGCGCUCAUAUACACGCGCAUACACUCAUUCCUAUGAACGCACACACGCA